GGAAAUGCUUAAGGAAAGAGGAGUGGCACCAUUCUCAAAAUGGGAUAAGGAACUGCCAAAGAUAGUAUUUGAUCCCCAUUUUAAGGCCAUCCCAAGUCAAUCGGCAAGAAGGGCCUUGUUUGAACACUAUGUUAAGGCAUGUGCUGAGGAGGAACGUAAGGAAAAACAAGCAGCUCAGAAGGCUGUAAUAGAGGGAUUCAAGCAGUUACUUGAAGAAGCAUUAGAGGAUAUUGACCACAACACUGAUUAUCAGACAUUCAGAAAGAAAUGGGGCAGUGAUCCACGGUUUGAGGCGUUAGACCGCAAGGAUCGAGAGCUGUUAUUGAAUGAAAGGUAUCAUUUAAUGAGGAGAAUAUAGCUUGAGCUCUUUUUCAGCAUCACAUCUUUCAUCCUUGUGCA